UCUCGACUCGGGCCAAUUGCCCCCGAUAGUUUGCGUGCCUGCUUGAUGUCACGGUGGAGAGAGACCCUUGAGACCCCGUUGGCAGUCAUUGAAAAAAAGCGAGAUGGCGCAAUCGAUUUCAGCAGACAAUCCGGAGUUCCAACCUUCUAACUGCGCGUCAACUCCUUCACGAUGAGAUUCUCGGCCUCAGCAUCCUACCUUUUCCUGCUACUGGGCCUUUCAGCUCUUAGCUGUGCCAGUAAUGUUGAAAAGAAGGGCAAUGUGUGCACUGUCAAGGCCAACGGACAUCAGAAGGACGAUGUACCGAAUCUUUUGACGGCUUUCAAGGAGUGUGGCAAUGGAGGAACCAUCAUCUUCCCUGAGGACCAGUCAUACUGGAUCGCACAGAGACUCAACCCUGUGCUGAAUAACGUCGCGAUCGAGUGGCGAGGAAAGUGGACGUUCUCGGAUGACCUGUCCUACUGGCGCAACCAUUCUUACCCCGUUGCGUUUCAAAAUCACGCCGCUGGCUUCGUCAUCACCGGGCACAACAUUACCAUCAAUGGCUACGGAACUGGAGGUAUUGACGGCAACGGCAAUGUCUGGUACACUGCAGAAGCAGGCACCACACAGCCCGGGAGACCGAUGCCUUUCGUCUUCUGGAACGUUUCAAACGUCGAGGUUGAGAGCUUCUACGUCAAAGAUCCCCCGCUUUGGAGUCUGAACAUCAUGAAUGGCACGAACAUGCGAUUCAAUGACAUAACCUGCAACGCGACGGCUGUGGAUGCGCCGUACGGUAGUAACUGGGUCCAGAACACCGACGGAUUCGACACGAUGGACGCCACUAACAUCCAACUCACCAACUUCGUGUACCAGGGUGGUGAUGACUGCAUUGCCAUCAAGCCUCGUUCCUACAACAUCGACAUUCAGAAUGUCACCUGCCGGGGUGGCAACGGAAUUGCCAUCGGUAGUCUGGGACAGUACUUGGAAGACUCCAGUGUCGGAAACAUCAAAGUCGACAAGGUCAAGAUCAUCCGAUACAACGAGGACAUGCACAACAGCGCCUACAUCAAGACCUGGGUCGGAGCUCUCGUGCCCCAGGACUCGUACGAAAGCGACUACCUCCCCCGCGGAGGCGGCUGGGGCAGCGUCAAGAACAUCAUCUUCUCGAACUUCGACGUCCAGGGAGCCAACGCGGGUCCCGCGAUUAGCGAGAGCAGUGGGGAUAAUGGCUCCUACGCGGGCACAAGCAAGAUGCUGAUCUCCAAUAUUGCAUUCGUUAACUUCACAGGGUGGAUUGACACCAGCAAGUCCACGACUUCCUCUGUGUCGUGCUCCACGGUGUACCCCUGCUACAACAUCGAGUUUGAUAACGUAGUCCUGUACCCGCAGAACUCGACUACAGCGGGGACGGGUUCUUGCUCGUACACUGCGGAUGGGGGCGUUCAUGGUCUGAGUGGAUGUUAGUCUUGUAGUUCCCCCCUAGGGUACUCUCGCUUCAUGCCACUUGUAUUGUAUAGAGGUUAGC